AUAACAGUCGGAGUGCUGGCUAAGUAUCGCGGGCGGAGCACUUGGGCUGCUGAAGGCGAGGUAUAGUUGAUUUUUAGGUAGCAACAACUGGAAAGGGUGAAACAUGUCUAAACAUUAUCAAAAGAUGCAGUCUGGGCAUCCUCUUUCUCCACUCAUAGAGGUGAAAUCAAAGUUCGACGCAGAGUUCCGACGCUACAGUAUAGAGCGGGGUAAGAUGAAGCGCUUCGACGAGCUGUACCAGCUGCUGCAGCGGCUCCACUUCCUGGAGGACAUCCCGUUCACGGUCAGCUACACCGACCCCAAGGACGGCUACCUGCUGCCCAUCAACAAUGACGACAACUUCGCCAAGUCGCUGGAGUGCGCCCGGCCGCUGCUCAGGAUCAUCCUGCAGCGAAAAGGGGAGAACAUGUGGGACGUCAGCGGGUCUUCCACCAUGAAGAGGGGCAAGUUCUUGCCGCAGCUGAUCGGCUCGCCGAAGGCCAAGCCGCCCAUCUCCUACCCGGAGGACUUCCGUCAGGUGGCCCAGAUCAUCGACGUGGACAUCGUGCCGGAGCGUUGCCGGCGCGUGCGCCUGCUUAAGCACGGCUCCGAGAAGCCGCUGGGCUUCUACAUCCGGGACGGCACCAGUCUGCGCGUGACGCCCACCGGGCUGGAGAAGGUGCCGGGCAUCUUCAUCUCGCGGCUGGUGCCGGGCGGUCUGGCGGAGAGCACGGGGCUGCUGGCCGUCAACGACGAGGUGCUCGAGGUGAACGGCAUCGAGGUGGCCGGCAAGACACUGGACCAGGUGACUGACAUGAUGGUGGCCAACUCGUCGAACCUGAUCGUGACGGUGAAGCCGGCCAACCAGCGCUACCCGCUGGAGGCGGAGCGGGGCAGCAGCGCGCGCACCUCCCAGCUGAGCCGCGCGUCGGCCCACUCGGCCCACACGUCGCGCAGCUCCGACGACGGCGACGACAUCUCGCUGCUGGCCUCCCGCUCCGACGGCGUGCUCCACCUGUGAGGCGCGCCGCCGCCCGCGGCUGGAGCGGGCCGCCGCUCCGGCGCUCCUGGCUGGUGUCGGGGGAGAUGCGGCGCCACCGAGCGGCGGCGGAGAGGCGUGGCGCCGCUGGGUGACG